AUGGCGCAAUCAGCCUCUCCUCCACACUCCAAUACCAACAAUCUCCACUUCCCUUACACCCUUUUCUCUCAAAUUCAAAACCCCAAUAUCUUCGCCUGGAAUUUCAUGUUCAAAGCUUACUCACACAGUAACAGUAACAGUAACACUACUGCUUCACCACAACAAUGCAUCUCUCUUUACAAUCUCAUGCGCCGUCGUUUCGGGCUUUUCCCGGACUGCCAUUCUUUCCCUUUCCUCUUCAAAGCUUGUGCCCGUCUCUCACUUUCCCACAAAGGUCAAAAGCUUCACUCCCUCACGUUCAAACUCGGUCUCCAACACGAUGUCUUCGUCCAAAACACUUUGCUUUCCAUGUACUCCUUUUGCGGCUUGCUUCAUAAUGCUUGCCAAGUUUUCGAUGAAAUACCACUCUCUGUUCGUGAUGUGGUGUCUUGGAACAGUAUGGUUUCUGGGUGUAUACAAGGACGUUGUUAUUGGGAUGCCUUGAAGGUGUUUGAUGAAAUGCUCAAGUCUGAUGUUAAUGCAAGGCCGAAUGAGGUUACUCUUAUCAAUGCUCUCACCGCUUGUGCAAGGAUUGAAUUUCUCGACAUGGGUCGUAAAAUCCAUGGAUUACUUGUACGAAAUGAAUUUGUUUCUCAAUCCUAUCCUAUUCUCACAGAAGUUCUUAAGCAAUAA